AUGGCUAACAGGAACGAGGCCUCCACAAACUACAAAGAGGCUUUCUCCCUCUUCGACCGCCGCGGUACCGGUCUCGUCGCUAAGGACCUGCUCGGCGACCUCCUGCGCGCCUGCGGCCAGAAUCCCACCAAGGCUGAGAUUGGCGAUUUGGAAGGAUCCAUCGGGGGUGACUUCGACUUCGACUCCUUCCUGAAAGUUCUCAACCGACCCGGCGGCUUCCGUGAUCCCGGCGAACCAGAGGAAUACUGUGAAGGUUUCAAGGUGUUUGAUAAGGAGUUGACCGGCGAGAUUGGUCAGGGACAGUUGAAAUAUAUCCUGACAAACCUCGGCGAACCCCUCACUGAAGCGGAAUUCGAGGAACUGGCCAAGGCCACUAAUAUGGGCGAGAAGGUCCAGUACGAGGAUCUUGUUAAGACUAUUCUGGCGAACUAG